AUGGAAGCUAUCAACAAGGAUACCGCCCAGCCGGACGGCAUUCCGCCCGUGGUGGCUGUCGUGGACGAAAAGAAGGAUUUCGACCAAUCUGCCAAAAGCAACGAUGCAGAACCAACGCCCGAACAGAAGGUCAGACCUGAGAGAGAACCUACUUUCAAAGACUACGCCCGCGUCUUCACAUACGCCACGAAAUGGGACAUCUUGGCGUACAUCGUCGGCGGCCUAGCUUCCAUCGCCGCCGGAAUCACGCUGCCUCUGAUGAAUAUCAUCUUUGGACAGCUUGUAAAUGACUUCAAUGCAUUUUCAGCAGAAAAUGAGGCCGCACGCAACGACUUCAGGAAGACCGCAGACCGCCAGGCGCUGUACUUAUUCAUUCUCUUCCUCGCCCGUUUCGCUCUCAACUAUACCAACAAGUUCGCCUUUCGAAUGAUAGGAAUCCGGUUGUCGUCUGCCAUCCGCCUCCACUACCUCCAACGACUCUUUGGCCAAACAAUUCACGUCCUUGACUCAAUGCCACCAGGCAUGGCCUCGAGCACCAUCACGUCCACUGCAAACACUCUUCAGAUUGGUAUAUCCGAAAAGCUUGGAGUCUUCCUCGAGUUCAACGGAACCAUCAUUGCCGCCAUCGUCAUCGCAUUUACCUAUAACUGGGCUUUGACCCUGGUCACCGCCUCAUGCAUUUUGUUCAUUCUCGUUGUUCUGGCAGCCCUUCUGCCUUUCAUCAUCAAGGGUCACUCUGAAAUGACCAAGGCAGAGGGCAAGGCGUCUGCUGUUGCCAGUGAGGCGUUUUCCAGUAUCCGGAUGGUAACUGCGUGCGGUGCGGAAGAUCGUAUUGCUGCCCGUUAUGCAGUUUUCGUUGAGCAAGCGAAACGGAAGGGCCAAUUCACAGCCCCUUUACUGGCCCUCCAGUUUGGGCUUAUUUUCUUUGCAUUGUUCUCCGCGUUUGGCCUUGCAUUUUGGUACGGCACUCAUUCUUGGGUUGACGGCCGAGUCGAUGGAGUAGGCGAAGUCAUCAUUGUUCUUAUGUCCGUCAUGCUUGUCGUCAUGUCUCUCGAGCGAAUCAGCACCCCGUUGCUUGCUAUCGGCAAGGCAAUGGUAGCUGCAUGCGAGUUCCUCAGUGUCAUCGAUGCUCCAGCCCCCAUCACGGGAGAAUUGAAAGAACCUCAAGUUUCGGCCAACGAUGAUAUCGUCUUCGAAGACGUCACCUUCGCGUACCCGAGCAGACCCCACGUCAAAGUUCUGGAUGGUCUAAACCUGACAAUCGAGUCCGGCAAGGUCACAGCUAUUGUCGGACCCUCUGGCUCGGGCAAGAGCACCAUCGUGGGCCUUAUUGAGCGAUGGUACACGUUGCAGGACCAAUACGUCAUCGCCAAAACAAUCGAGAAGGACAAGAAGAAGGAGGCUGAGAAGAAAAAGAACAAGAAGAAGGGCAAGGAAGACUCGGACGAUGAAGAGAACAAGCCCGAAGCGGAGGAGGCAGGUCCGCACGUUGAACUCGCCGGUUCAAUCUCCACCUCCGGACACGCUCUUGACGAUAUCGAUGUUAAGUGGUGGCGUUCGCAGAUCGGCUUGGUCCAGCAGGAACCCUUUCUGUUCAACGACACCAUUUUCAACAACGUCGCCUAUGGAUUAAUUGGCUCUCAGUGGGAACACGAGACCGAGGAAAAGAAGCGAGAACUUGUCAAGGAAGCUUGCCAGGAGUCUUUUGCCGACGAAUUCAUUGACCGUCUGCCAGAUGGAUACGACACCCAAGUCGGCGACAGUGGCGCAAAGUUGUCCGGCGGCCAGCGUCAGCGUAUUGCCAUUGCCCGAAGCAUCGUCAGAAAACCGAAAAUUGUUAUUCUGGACGAAGCUACCAGCGCCAUCGACGUCCGAAGCGAGAGAAUCGUCCAAGCUGCCCUCAAUAAGAUAUCCCAGAAUCGUACGACCAUCACAAUUGCUCACCGUCUAUCUACCAUCAAGCAAGCCAAUCGAAUCGUGGUUCUCAAGAAAGGACAGGUUGUUGAACAAGGCACACACGAGAGUCUUUUGGAAAAUGACGAAGGCGUAUACUAUGGUCUCGUGCAUGCUCAGCAACUUUCGCUCGGCGAUCAAACGGAAGACAGCGACUCGGACAACAAGGAAGAGGACUUGGGAGCAAUCCUCGACCGCGAAAAGAGCGCUGCGCGAUCCGAGGCAGACAGCACACGGCAGAAGACGCAGGCUGUCAACCGCAACCUGUUCCAGAGCUUUGGAAGACUGCUCUAUGAGCAGAGAAGUCGUUGGCUCCUCUGCAUUCUGACUGUGGUUUUCGCGGGUUGUGCUGCAGCUGGCACUCCGUUGCAGGCAUGGCUUUUCGCCAAAGUCAUCGUCGUCUUUAAUCCGGAUAACGGCCCUGACAAGAUCCGCAGCGACAGCAACUUUUGGUCGCUCAUGUGGGUUAUUUUGGCGAUCGGAGUUGGUCUGUCUUACUUCUUCAUGGGCUUCGUCGCGACCCAUUUGGCUCAUUUCAUCUGUGCCACAUAUCGGCAGCAGUAUUUCGAGGCGAUCCUGUUCCAACGGACAUCUUUCUACGACGAAGAGGAGAACGCACACGGCAGCUUGACAGCUCGAGUCGCUGGGGAUCCAAAGCAGCUCGAAGAGCUUUUGGGUCUCAACAUGGCGAUGGUAUACGUUGCAAUCUUGAACAUAGUCGGAGCCAUCAGCAUUGCGUUUGCUUUUGGUUGGAAAUUGGCCCUGGUGGCACUAUGCGUUACCAUGCCGAUCGGAUUAACUGGAGGCUACUUUCGAUUCAAGUACGAGAUUGAAUUCGACAAGAUGAACGCCGCUGUCUUCGCGGAGAGUUCCAAGUUUGCCUCGGAAUCUAUCGGGGCAUUCAGGACUGUUUCUGCCCUGACUUUGGAGGGCGUCACAUGUACUCGCUACGAGAAGCUCCUCAAGGAUCAUGUCAGCCACGCUUUCCGAAAAGCGAGGUGGACCAGUGCUGUCUUCGGCUUCUCGGAUUCGAUUUCGAUGGCUUGCCAAGCUCUCAUCUUCUGGUAUGGCAGUCGCUUGUUGGCAUCCGGCGAAUACAGCCCACAGAACUUCUUCGUUUGCUUCAUGGCUGUGAUCCAAGGAGCUGAAGCUGCCGGCCAAGGUCUCAGCUUCGGACCCAACGCGGCGCAAGUCACUGGAGCAUCCAACCGCAUCAUCAACAUGCGUGACUCGAGGAACAAGGACAUUAUCCCAGUGACCGAGCAGAUCCCGGACACGGAAGGCGGCGUCCGAAUCGAGUUGCAGAAUGUCCACUUCAAGUACCCGACGCGAAAUGUGUCGGUUUUCAAGGGACUCAACUUGACUAUUGAGAAGGGGCAGUUUGCUGCGCUUGUUGGUGCCUCUGGAUGUGGCAAGACGAGCAUCAUCUCUCUUAUGGAACGCUUCUACGACGUCGAAAAGGGCGCCAUUCUGUGCAACGGCAAAGACAUCAAGGAUAUCAAUGUCUACGAGUACCGCAAGAACCUGUCGUUGGUAGCCCAGGAGCCGACACUUUUCCAAGGAACAAUCAGAGAGAACAUCCUGCUAGGCGUGGAUGAGAACUCCGUCACCGAUGAGCGUCUACACCAGGUCUGCCGCGAUGCUUCAAUCCACGAGUUCAUCGUAUCCCUCCCAGAGGGUUACAACACGAACAUUGGCAGCAAGGGUGUUUCGCUCUCCGGUGGCCAAAAGCAACGUGUCGCCAUUGCCCGUGCACUGAUCAGGAACCCGAAUAUCCUCCUUCUCGAUGAAGCAACCAGCUCUCUGGACUCCGAGAGCGAAAAGAGCGUCCAGGCUGCGUUUGAACGGGCUGGAAAAGGACGUACCAUGGUCGUUGUCGCACAUCGCCUGGCGACUGUUCAAAAUGCGGACAUCAUCUUCGUGCUUGGCGAGGGAAGACUGCUGGAGAAGGGCAGCCAUUCGGAGCUGUUGAAGAAGAAGGGUGUUUACUGGCACAUGUGUCACAGCCAAGCGCUCGAUCGCUAG